AUGGAAAAUUCUCUUCGUUACAACAGUAACUAUUUCAGAUUAUAUUUUAAAGAUGGAGGCAUUGUUGCCAUUGAUAGAGCAAAAUUGGUUAGAUUAGGUGAGGAUCCUGCCUUUAAUCCAGAGAAAGAAAAAUUUUUCGAAGAUUUUCUUGGCAUAUAUAUUGUUGACGAUGCAUUUUUCUGCGCUCUAUCACUCAAAUCAGAAGAAAUUUACGAGAAAUUUGGAAUUCGUAAGUCUACUAACUUAAUAGUUCUUCAAAUUUCAAAUGAUAAGUCUAAAGAUAAAUACUCUUCUUUGAUUCUCAACGGACUAAAGUUAUGCAAUCUUUACACAAGUAAAAAACAAGAUUUAACUCUUACACAACAACAAAAUGCGAAACAUGAAGUUACAAGAGACUUAUUUACAUGGAACUUUGAAGCCAAAUCGAAUGCUAUGAGAUUCGGACUUGAGAAUAAUACAACUAAUUUUAUCGCCGGAAACAUCGAAAAAUUCCAAACUCCAGAUUUCGAUUUUAUCCUUAUCUCAAGACGUGUAAACAAGAAUAAUGGACCAAGAUAUUGGGCAAGAGGUGCAGAUAGUGAUGGUUUUGUUGCAAAUUUCGUUGAAUCAGAAACAAUUAUCGUAAAAUCCGAUACAACAUACGCAUUUGUUCAAGUUCGUGGUUCUAUUCCGAUUGAGUGGUCCCAAUAUCCAGAUCUUAGACCACAACCAGAAGUUGUUAUCGGUUCCACAAGUAAUUGUAAAAAAGAUUGUCAAGCGCACUUCAAUUUUUUGCGCAAAUCAUAUGGUGACACAAUUGUUGGCAUCUGCUUAACGGAAAACAGAGGUCGUAAGGAAGGAAAUCUUACAAAAUUGUAUUUACAUUACGGAAAUCAAGAAAAAGGAGUGAAAGUUAUUCAUUUCCCAAUGAACACAAUUUGCAAAGGCAACAACUUCGAGAAAGUCUCCACAGUUUUACCAGAAAUCCAGAAGUAUCUCGAUGAAAUCGGAUAUUCCGAAAUUAUUUCAGGCAGAGUUACGAAAUCUCAAGCAGGAGUCGUCAGAACAAAUUGUCUUGAUAACCUUGACCGCACAAAUUACAUGCAACAAUACGUUGCAAGCCAAGUUUUGAAGGAUUUCUCACUUGAAAAUCUCAAAAACUACGCUGUUGCAUGGUCAGAUAACGGAGAUAGCAUAAGUAUUCAAUACUGUGGAACACGUUCUUUGACUGGUGAGAUUGUUAAGACAGGGAAACUCUCAUUGAAAGGAAAACUUUCAAAUGCAGUCGUUUCUACAAGGAGAUUCUUCAUAAAUACAUGGAAAGAUGGCAGAAAACAGGAUGAAUAUGAUGCAGUAAACCUCAAAACAUUACCACGUCCUGUAAAACGCGCAUUUCCUUUGAUCGAAUUUUUGGUUAUUUUGAUGUUCGCUUUCAUGACACUUAUUCGUCAUGGAAUUAUCGCAUUUAGAGGUGCUAUUAGAAAUGCUAAGGGAACUCUCGUUCAACAUCCUUCUUUCAAAGAAAUUAAAUAUCCAGAUCCAAAUUCAAAGGAUGAGUUUGAUAUCCUUAUGAAUUAA